AUGAAGAAGGAGUUGGUUAGCAAGACAAAGGAGGCUGCCAAUUUGCAGAAGACCAUCAACAAGGCUAAAGUCGAGAUGAAGAAUUUCAUAGAACAGGCCAAGGUAGCUAAAAAAGCUCAAGACGAGGCCGAGGAGAGGCCUGGUGCUGCCGAGGCAAUUGCUAAAGUCCUCGAGGCCGAGGCAAAGACUGCCGAAGCCCAGGCCGAGCUUGUUGUUGCCUUGGCCACAAAAGAGGCCGAGAUCAAAGCAGCGGAUGAGAAGGCAUACGCCGAGGGGAUGGCCGAUGUCAAGGAGGACUACAAAAAGCAAGUGAAGAAGCCAACCGAGGACGAGGCUGUGUCCGAGGAGGAAGCUGAGGCCGAGAAUAAAGAAGAGGCUGCUGGGGCCAAGUCCCUAACUCAUCCUGAGCAAGUCGACUUGACUCAGGAUGAGGAGGAUGAGGUCUCCAAAGAUGCCAGCCCAGAGAAGACAACAUCCAACAUGCCUAUCGCCGAUAAGAGCAUCGACCAGACUCUUCAAGAGAUCGAUGUCGAGCUUGUGGCUGAGAAGGCUACCGAGGAGAAUUCGCAAAAGUCUUCCGAGCCCCAAACUAAUGUUGAUGCCGAACAAUCUAGUCCUUGA